GUUCAAGGCAACCCACCUCCAAACAAGCCAGAAAACACAUCAUCCGCCUCUACAGAGUCACCUACACCUCAAGGGACCACCCUGAGCAACCCAUCACCCACCCCCACAUCAGCUCACCUGGCUCAGCAGGUCAGCUCUUCCAGCAGCUCCAUAGCCCCAACAAUCAACCCUGCUGCAGCCCCCAGUGCCACCCAGAAGGAGAUUAGCCCUUCGGCCAACGUGGCAAGCUCUCCAGUCCAGGGACCGGUCUCUUCUACCAGAGCUGGAAGCAUGAACACUUCUAUCACCACUUCUGUUCCAUCUGUGGCCCACUCCACUAGUAAAGCACCUCUGUCUUCACCAACGGGCAGCACCGGCAAGGUCAUCUGCAAAGAACAGGUGCUAAAAAAUCAGCCCACCCUGUACCUGAAGGAAGCUAAAAGCUGU